CCCGUACACCUGCUGGUGAUUCCUGUGGAGCAUUUCGCGCUGCUUUCUGAGGUUGAAUCCGAUCUCAAUGUGCGGCUGGGGCUAUGUUUGACGCACCCGAAAAUGGCCGUCGCUGAGGGAGUGGCGGAGAGCGGGUACAGGCUGGUAAUCAACCAGGGGCGCGACGGUGGCCAAGAGGUGCUCCAUCUGCACAUGCACGUUAUGGGCGGACGCCGGCUUGGGCUGCCGGCGUAG